AUGAUUGAAGCUUCGAAUGGAAGAGACGUUUCUGAUUAUACAGCUUAUGCGAAAGAAAAUGAAAUUAUUUUACCUAUCGGGACAAAAUUAAAGGUUAAAAGUGAUCCAUUGCAACAACAAAAUAAUUUUUUUAUUGUUCAUUUAAUUGAAAUUGAUGAUGAACAUGAUCAACAAGAGAAAAAGACUGUAUGGACUCGAGUGUCUGGAUUUUUCUCAAAUGCAAAAGAACGAUGGGAUGCAGCUGGUGAGCGUGUUGCUGCUAUCGAGGAUCUCCCAUCACCAGGCGAAACCUUCUUAACAUCCGAUCAAAUUACUAAAGCAUAUGAAAGACUUGACAAAGCCGAAAAACGACUUCAAGAAAUUGCCAAAAAACCACUUUGGACAUAA